AUGGCUUCGAGUUCUGGUCUGACGCGCCGGAGAGGAGGCGGCGGUGGCGCCACAGGCAACGGCGAAGACGAGAGCAGCCGGGUCAGUUCGCCAGCACCCAAGCGCAUCGACGAUCGCACCCCCGAAACGUCCUACGAGAGCUCGGAGAAUGGACACAAGAUUGCAUUCGACCCGCGCGACAUUAGCGAGAAUGUAGAAAGAAGCAAACAGCCCAAGUUGACGCUGAUGGAGGAGAUUAUCCUCAUGGGGCUCAAGGACAAGCAGGGAUACCUCUCCUUCUGGAACGACAACAUUUCGUAUGCGUUGCGAGGAUGCAUCGUGAUAGAAUUGGCAUUCCGAGGCCGGGUGAGCAUGCAAAAGGAUUCAUCGCGACGACGGUUCCCGCUUGCAGACCGGGUUAUUGAGGUGAUUGACGACACGUUGACGGGCGAGGUCCUGUUGGACGAAGCCCUCAAGAUGAUGAAGUCGAGCGAGAAGAUGAGUGUCAACUCAUGGAUUGAUCUCAUGAGCGGAGAGACAUGGAACCUGAUGAAGAUUGGCUACCAGUUGAAACAAGUGCGCGAACGACUAUGUAAAGGGCUUGUGGACAAGGGCAUCCUGCGCACGGAAAAGAAGAACUUCCUGCUCUUCGACAUGGCGACACAUCCCGUCGCUGACGGCGGCGCAAAAGAGGAGAUUCGACGCCGGGUCCGCAACGUCCUCACCAACCGCACUGUCGUCUUGCCAGGUAGCCAAUUUCUUCCCGAAGAACUGGAGUUUAGGGUCUUGCGAACCAUCACCAUGGUCUGUGCAGCUUAUGCAGCAAACGUGCUCGAGAACGCCUUGACGACGCUGGGCCAUGAGGCGCGAGAGCGAGCGUUUGCCCAGGUGGACGAGCUCUUGGCAGAAUACUCGCAGUGGCCUUUUGCAAAGCGGCAGGGCGGAUCACAGGGUAUAGGUGCCAACUUGGGCCAACUUGUUACGGACGAGGUGAAUGGGUCCAAGGACAAGGAGCUUCAGCUCGAGGUGGUUGCUGCGUGUUUGAGUGUUUUCACGAGGCUCGACUCACUACUCUGAGGGGGCAUGGCAUGUUACGUUCAACGAUGUUGGGUGCACUACAGGUAGGGCGCAAGACCUCGGGGGGUCAGCGAGGCAUGGCGUUGGAGGCAUGUGCCGGUAGUAUAUCAGGAACAUGCAGCCGGUAGGCUGGCAGGCAGCAACAGCGUGUGUGGGCCGGUAGGCUGGCAAGUAUAGGGCCUUGUCCGUCCUUAGCGUUGAUGCAGCAGCUGAGCGAUCAGGAGGUAGCAGCACCGGCCGCGUCGUCUACUUUUUUUACCAUUACUUCGACUUUCGGCCUCGACUUUGACUUGAACUUGGCGGUUUCUUAGACAAAAUACAAUAUUUAUUCUACA